GCGUAUAUAUAAAUGGCACAGCUCAAAGAGGGAAAUUCAGAACCAAAGUGUACUAUUGAAGGAAGAAAAUGAAGAAUUUUUCUGUGAUUGUUCUGUUUCUUGUCAUUCUUAAUGUCCUAGCAGCAGCAGCUUCAUCUGCAGUAGAGAGAAAGGUUUAUGUGGUAUACCUUGGGGAGCACAGUGGGGGGAAAUCUUUCAAAGAAAUUGAAGAUAACCAUUUCUCCUUUCUCCACUCUGUAAAGGGUUCCAAAGAAGAAGCUAAAGCCUCUCUAGUUCACAGCUACAAGAAUGUUAUCAAUGGCUUCUCUGCUUUGCUUACCCAAGAAGAAGCAGACAGGAUAUCAGAAAUGGAAGGUGUUAUAUCGGUGUUUCAUAGCAACCCCACAGAAAUAAAGCCUCAUACUACGAGAUCUUGGGAUUUUGUCAACUUACUCGAAGGAAUAAAUGGUAACUCAAUUAGCGGAGGAGAGGAUUUGUUGAGUAAAGCAAAUGGUGGAAAAGAUGUAAUUGUGGGCAUUAUGGACUCAGGUGUGUGGCCAGAGUCUCCCAGCUUCAACGACGAAGGUAUGGAACCAAUUCCUACUUCAUGGAAAGGAAUAUGUCAAAAAGGUGUUGCCUUUAACUCAUCUCAUUGCAAUAGGAAAGUAAUUGGAGCAAGAUACUAUCUGAAGAGUUACGAAGCCACCUUUGGUCGUCUCAAUCAGACCACAGACUUCAGAUCUCCGAGAGAUGUUAAUGGCCACGGAACUCACACGGCUUCCACCGCGGGCGGCCGGAGAGUCAACGCCGCCGCCCUUGGUGGCUUCGGCGGUGGGACUGCCUCUGGCGGGGCACCACACGUGCGCCUCGCAAUCUAUAAAGUAUGCUGGCCAGUUCCCGACCAAACCUUAGCAGAAGGAAACACGUGCUUCGCAGACGACACUCUUGCGGCAUUCGACGACGCAAUCUCAGAUGGGGUCCACGUAAUCAGCGUUUCCCUGGGCUCCAUACCUAAACGACAGUAUUAUACACAAAAUGGUAUAGCCAUCGGAGCUUUACACGCAGUGAAGCGCAACAUAGUGGUGGCAUGUAGUGCCGGAAAUGAUGGACCGACACCGUCCACGGUGGCUAAUGUGGCGCCUUGGAUCAUCACGGUGGGGGCAAGCAGUACCGAUCGAGUGUUUUCGUCACCUUUGAAGCUAGGAAAUGGCAUUAUUAUUGAGGGACAAACAGUCACUCCUAUAAGGACAAAAGCUAUGCUUCCACUAGUUUACGCUGGCAAUGUAGAAAUUCCUGGAACCACCAAUAGCACUACAACAGGGCUAUGUAGACCUGGUACCCUUUCAAGAAACCUCGUAAAAGGAAAGAUUGUGCUUUGCCUUAGUACUACCAUAUCAGCAUCGCAAGAGGUGCAAAGAGCUGGCGGCGCUGCUACCAUACUAAGACGUCAAUAUAACGAAAUACAAGUUCAAGCUUUUCUGCAUCCCACAACUGUUGUUUUUGGUUACGAGUUAAUUACAAUUGUGAAAUACAUCAGGUCCGAUGAGAACCCGAUGGCAACUCUUCUCCCGGGGGAAACUGUUCUCGGGACCAAGCCAGCGCCUGUCAUGGCUCCUUUCACCUCCGUAGGUCCCAACAUCAUUGAACCAAACAUUCUCAAGCCGGACAUUACCGCUCCGGGACUUAACAUAUUAGCAGCAUGGAGUGAGGCGUCUUCUCCGACAAAAUACCCAUUUGAUCGCCGAGUGGUAAAGUACAACAUAGUAUCUGGAACUUCAAUGUCUUGCCCACACGUUUCUGCCGUAGCUGCCCUUCUUAAGGCCAUUCAUCCCGAUUGGAGCAGUGCUGCCAUAAGAUCGGCCCUAAUGACAACAGCAACUACUAACAACGUGUUAGGGGCACCAAUAUUGAACUCAACUGGAUAUUUAGCUACACUGUUUGAAUACGGAGCAGGCCAUAUUUUGCCGUCCAAAGCAGCGGAUCCUGGAUUAGUCUAUGAUACAACUUACAAUGACUAUCUUCUCUACCUUUGCAAUACAGGAGUUACUCUUGAUUCUUCUUUCAAGUGUCCCAAAAACACACCCUCCGCAAGUAACCUUAACUAUCCAUCAUUAUCAAUAGCGAACCUCCAAGGAUCCAUAACAGUUAAAAGAACUGUCACCAACGUUGCAAAAGGCAACUCGACUUAUGUUGUCACUGUGGCACCCCCGCCAGGAUAUGUCGUUGCUAUUUCUCCAACGAUCUUAAGGUUUAGCCAACAGAGAGAAAAGCAAAGUUUCAACGUAAUCGUCAGAACUAACGGUGUUGGAAAGAGAAAUGGAUUUGCCUUUGGUGGGUACUCAUGGAGUGAUGGGGUUCAUGUUGUGAGUAGUCCAAUUGCGGUAUCAUCAGGAUAAGGUGACACCUUAUUAAUUCAACACGAGCAAAGAAAUAAUGGAUAAUGUAAGCAUGCAUUACUUUCAUGGAUUAUUAACCGCAAAUAAUGAUCAUUGAUCAUGAUA